GUCUCCACCUCUCUCCCCUCCGGAGCUCAGGCCUCAAGCUCCAUUCACUUCAAGUUCCACUUCACACCUUCAGACCUUUCCAAUGUUCCUCCCAAAACCUCAUUUUGCCGAUCAGUUCCAUGGAAACAUGAUCCCUGACGCCGGAGAAGUUUUCUUCUCAACUUCUUGAUUUCUUGUUUUUUUAUGCCACCGGAGAGUAGUUCUAGGUUUUUGCGAGCGUAAAUUGUUUGGAUAAUGCCGACGAAUACAUCAAAAUCGGAGAAGCGCGACAAUGUGAAGCAGCUUCGGCGGGACCCCUAUGAGGUUCUCGGCGUCUCUCUGAACUCAACAGAUCAAGAAAUUAAAACUGCUUACCGGAAAUUGGCACUCAAAUAUCAUCCUGACAAGAAUGCUAAUGAUCCCAAAGCAGCGGAUAUGUUCAAAGAGGCCACCUUUUCAUAUAAUAUCUUGUCAGAUCCUGAAAAACGCCGUCAGUAUGACUCUUCUGGUUUUGAGGCUGUUGAAUCAGAUAACCAAGACUUGGAGUUGGAUCUUUCGAGUUUAGGUGCUGUGAAUACAAUGUUUGCAGCACUUUUUAGUAAACUUGGGGUGCCAAUUAAGACAACUGUAUCAGCAACCGUUUUGGAAGAGGCACUUAAUGGGGCAGUGAUCAUUCAUCCACUUCCAUUGGGGCUGCCUAUAUCUAAAAGGGUUGAGAAGCAAUGUGCUCACUUUUAUUCAGUUACAUUAUCAGAAGAAGAAGCACAGGUUGGAUUUGUUUGCCGAGUGCAAUCAUCAGACAAAAGCAAGUUCAAGUUACUAUAUUUUGAUCAAGAAGAGACUGGUGGACUAAGUCUUGCACUCCAGGAAGACAGUGCAAAAGCAGGGAGGGUAACUUCUGCGGGAAUGUAUUUUCUUGGGUUUCCUGUUUAUCAGUUGGAUCAAACCAUGAAUUCAACAGCUGCUGCUAAGGAUCCUGAUGCAUCAUUUUUCAGAAAGCUAGAUGGGUUCCGACCAUGUGAAUUAACAGAACUAAAGGCCGGUACUCAUGUAUUUGCCGUUUAUGGUGACAAUUUUUUCAGAAGUGCAAGCUACACUAUAGAAGGUUUAUGUGCUGCGCCUUUUAGUCAAGAAAAAGAAAAUCUGAGAAGUGUAGAAGACCAAAUUUUAUCUAAAAGGGCGGGCCUAACGAAUUUUGAGUCUGAAUACCGAGAGGUUCUGGCACAAUUUACAGAGAUGACAAGUAGAUAUACACAAGAAAUGCAAGCGAUUGAUGAGCUACUUAAGCAAAGGAAUGAAAUACGUGCAUCAUAUACUGUUGCUCCAUUAAAACGAAGUAUGACGAAGAGGAAGAGUAAAAGUUCUUCCAAGGAGGAACAAGAAGGUGGCCAAGCAAGAGAGAAGAGAUAUACAAGGGAACGACUGAGGAAGAAGAAAUGGUAUAACAUCCACUUAAAAGCUGAUAAGAGAAAAGCUUGCUAGGGUAAGAAGCAGGGUAUAAACAAAUUCUUUUAUCACUCCAUGUUGAAUCUAGUACGGAAUUAAUAUUGUCGAAAUUAUCUGUACUCUGAAUGCGAAAGAGAAACUAAGUCAGGUGGUCUGUAUUCUUCUUUGUAUUGGCAUUUUGAAUGGGUAAGAGGAAGGAUAUGCCAAAGCAACGGCUAACUGUUGGAAGACAGUUUCAUUAAGAGUUCCAUCUCUAAAGCAUGCCAAGGGUGAUAUCUCAUUGUGUGUGUAAAAUUCUUUUCUACCACAUAGCUUUUGUUAGCUCAUCAGCAUUUAUAGUUGUAAA